UUGGAAACAGAAAACCCUUCUAAUUUUGUUCUCAAUUAUCUGCGCAGAUACUUUUCUUAUUUUUUCCAGUAUCCUCUAUUGAAUUUAGCAUCGAGCUCUCGUUCAUUUCUGCACUAAUUUCAGAGGUAAACGAAGACAAAUUCCGCAAUCAAACGAUGAUCAAAUCUAAAUUAAGGGAUUCAAUUUCGUUAGCAACAGGAUCCAUGCAUAGAGCCGUCAGAGGAGAUCAAAAGGUUACCUUGUGCCACUCAUUACUCCUAAACUAGCGGAUGCAAAAAAUGUUGUUGCUGGGGAGCUUUUGAGCAACGUUAAAAAUCGACGUAUUUAUAGAGGAUCACGGAAGUCGUUCUUUGAGUGGCGGCGCCACUAUGAGACUAUGAGACAAGCCAAAUGUGAAUAAAAGGAUCUUUGGUGAAAGGAAAGAAAAGAAACGUUCGUGAUGGAAGACGAUGGAUGUUCAGAUAAGAUAAGUUCACAAGUUUAGGUAAAAUCAGGUAUACAAAUGUUCAGUUUACAUCUAUAACAAGUUCAUAUAAUCUGACAAGGUCAGAUAUGUUCAAUUAAGCUUAAAUACGUUUAAUUAUGUACAUAUAAAUGAAAUUUGAUGAAUAAAAUGCUCCUUAAGCUGUAACAAUUUUCGCAAUUUCAAAGAAGUGGACGAGAAACUAUUAAAAUUGAACCAAAGAUCUGUACGGACUAUCUAAUGUGCUCUUACUUGUUAGUUUGGAAUAAACUUCUCCCAAUAACAAAAAUAGCCAAAGACAUAUAUUUCUAUAUUCAAGGGUCUGUUUGUUUUAGCUUAUUUUAGUUUAUUUCACACAAUUUAACAAACACACAGUCCUUUUCAGCAAAAAUAAGAUUAGAUAAAUUAAGUUAAUUCCUGAUUAGUACAAAAUAAGUUUGUUUCAGUCAAAUUAAGGUGAAGCAAACAUAAUGCAAUUCAAGAUAGAAGCUAGAUACUUCAAACACAAGCCACCAAUUGCACCCGGGCAGUCUUUUGAUCUUACCAAUUGCCUGAUCUUUUACCCUUAGUUGAAUUGUUGGGUCAACGGAAGUUGGAUAUCACGAUAUAACAAACUGUAAACUUUAGCAUGGAGGCGUGGAGCUGAAAAGAUACAGUUCACGUUUACAAGAUAUUGUUCUGUGUGAAUUUUUUUCUAUGGUCUUAUAUUGUCAUCCCUUUGAUUAAUUUUUGAUGGGUAGAAGAUAUUUUUUCAUAUAACCCAAGCAGUGGCGGAGCCAGGAAUUUUGAAUCGGGGGGUCGAUAUUUUUGAAUUUGGAACUGUCUACUUGUUAAUAAAACAGUUAUGAGUUCGUAUUAAUUUACUUUUUCUAAUAAAUAUAAGGUAUAAACGUUUAUUAUUUACAAAAUUGGGUAGUCGGCGGCCCACCCUUGACACCCCUGUCUCCGCCACUGAACCCAAGACUAUCCUUAUUGGUGAAAGGUUGGUGAACGGAUCAAUCAAUUUGGGUUUGAUUUUUACGUAGUAAGUCCUUUAGUUUGAGGUCGAGAUGUCUGCUGGGAUAUGGGGGAGAUGGUCUAUUGUUGAGGAGCAAAUUCUACUGCUCGAUCCGUAUGAUUAUAUUAUUUCAAAUAUUGCUAAUACGUAUGUACACCAUAGUAGUUUGAAUUGUUGUUAAGGAACCCUCUGUUUUUUAAAACUGAAAAUUGACCUCUGUUUUGAAUUGUACUCGGACUGUGUGAAUUCGAAGUAUAGAAAGUUGACUUGACUAGCACCCGCGUACGAUGAAUCACUUAUGCGCCAACUACUAUUGCCUCGAAUCGUUCAUCACUCUGUGCGACAAACUGUAUAUAGCCUGCAAAAUUUGUGUGACACCUUAAUCAUUUAUCAUUGAUUUUUUUUCUUUUUAUCUAAAUCAUACGUUAAAACUUUAAUUCAGUUAUUUAAUUAUCUAGUAAUGGUCAGUAGCCAAGGCUUAAACAUGUUGUGGCAGGAAUGGCAUGUGAAAGCAGCAGUACUGCUAAGCUUGUUGCUGCAAUGGCUACUGCUUCUGUUGGCCACAUUCAGAAAAAGAACAGGUAAUGUGUUUUUAACCAACUUAAUCUAUGGAAUCUACUUGUUAAGCACCAAGGUAGCAUUUGCUACCUUUUAUCUUGUAGUGGGAGCUCACUUUUUCACAAUGAAGAAGAUGCCUUUCGGUCUAUGGGCAGCCUUAAUGUUGCUCCACCUAGCCGGCCAAGAGCGGCUUACAGCCUAUUCUGUAGAUGAUAACAACCUCUGGCGUACCUCCACGUUCAGUAUUCUCUUGCAAUUAGUGGUUCAUGUUGGUUUAUUUGUUCCUCAAGGGGACCUUCCUUUCCCAACCCGGGUCAUGUUAUGCCUCGCCGUGUGGAGGAUUUUUUGCCGAGCCUUUCGGUUAAGGAUGGGAACCCAGGAGAUGAUGACGGUUUCUAAUUGGUUAUUUUCAUCUGAUCAUGACCCUGAAUUAGUAUUGGGUCGAGCUUUAAACGAGACUGGUGUUGAUGAUGAUACGCAGACGGUUUGCAAUGCUCACUUCUUGUUAAAGAAAUAUUCCCUGUGUCUCCUUGCUGAUGAUGAUCAGCAUAUAGCGAGAACUCGUCCGGUAAGAGAUUUCUUCAAAGCCAUUGAAAUACCUAGCAAUGCUAUCAGAAUAGUGGAAAUAGAGCUCAACUUUAUUUAUGAAUCCUUUCACACCGAUGGCACCAUUCGCAAACACCUUAAUAACAAUUGGUCCUUGAUCUAUGUUUUUCUCCGCAGUAUUGAAUCCCUUUUUUGUGUUUCAGCCCUAAUCUUUUUUAUUAUUAGCUCAUCUAAAUCAGCUGACAUCUCACGAGCUGACUACAAUGUAACGAGCCUAUUGCUUUGGGGGACUGUAACCUUGGAGCUCUUAUCCUACAUCAUGACGGUCUUCUCUGACUGGACCAUAGCUGCGUUGGGAGCUAACCAUGGUCCUAUUAGUAGUUUACUCUUUCAGUUUGUUCCUCAAAGGCGGCGGUGGUGGUCUGACAGUGCUUCAGUAUGGGUGAGGUUUGCCAGAAACUUUUUCCGUAGAUGGUCUGAGACAAUCUGCAAAUUCAACUUCAUGAGAUACAACAUUCAAACAAGCUCUCGAAGUCCGACUAUGGAAGCUUAUAUGCGGCAAUUGGAUGAAUUGACAGGCACACAGAACUUAAUCACAAGCUUCAGGUUUGUUUCUGGUGAAUGGUACACUGAUGAACUUGGCAACUUCAUUUUCAGGCAAUUGCAAAACAGUGAACCAGAUAUCAUUACAUCCUUGAAAAGAAGAUGGUCAAAUGAUGAUUCCUACAAGACUAGUGUGCUGGUGUGGCACAUUGCAACAGAACUCUUGUACAUUCCCAGUAAUAGGCAGCGGGGGUAUGAACAUUGCAGAUACAGUAAGACUCUUUCAGAUUACAUGGCGUACCUUCUCUUUAUGAAGCCGCACUUUGCACCCAAGUCAUGGAGAAACCCUUUGAAACAAAGUGAAGCAGAAGCAGCGCGGAGAAUCAUUCAACAAAUAGCUGUUGAACAUCAAACCGGAAGUUUUGAGGAACGUCUCAGAAGAUGUUGCCAGAAAAUCCUUAACCUCGAUCUUUCACACGAGGCCAACGAUGAUUAUGUGCAGAGUCUUUCUGAUGCCAUUUCUAAAGCUAAUAAGUUGCAUGAUGAUUAUCGGUAUAACAGGGAAGCACUUUGGCGAAUGAUGAGCCACGAGUGGGUGAAAAUCUUGGUGUAUGGUGCAAGUAAGUAUGAUAAACUCGAGCAUGUACGAGGGCUUUGUCAAGGGGGUGAACUUAUUAGUAUCGUUUGGUUAUUGGGUUUUCAUUUAGGACUGUUUCUGGAGACGAAUCCUUCAUCAUCAACAUCAUGAUUUGAUCUUGAAGUGAUCAUUUAUCUUGAUUUAUUGGUGUAAAAAUCUCCCUUGCACAUUCCAUUGUCAGUCAAAGUUUAUGCUUUUUAUCUGCAAUGUAAUACAGCAAAAUUCUAUUUUCCCUAUCA